GAAUCCGAUGAGGCUUGCUGCAGAAGAUGGCCGUAUGUCGAGGAUGUGCAGAUCGAGUCAGAUGCGGGCAUUUUGGCCGGCAGUGACGAGGAACUGGGCAUGCCGGUUAUGGCAGCCAACCCUCACCUCAUGACCAGGCGCGGAGGCGUGUCUGCAGAGCCCGCAGGCGCUAACAAUGUGC